AUGAAUAAUGAAAAGGACUAGGAUGAAGAUUUGUACAGUGGUUUGGCUUUAUCUAAAGAAGUUGAUGAAGCUGUCUUCCCUAUCCUCAUUACAAUAUUAAAAAGAGAGAAAAUUUAAUACUGCCAAGAAUUUUCAUAAGAUCUAAAUUAAUGGGCUAUAGAAAACAUAACAAAAAGGUAGAAAAUUUAUCAUUGCAUAAUUAAGAAUAGAUGCUCAAUGCUGAAAAAAAAAAGAAGGAUAUUAAGAGAAUAGCAGAUGUUCUCAACAAAGUUAAAGCUCAUGAAUUUAACUUAAAGAAUUACUCUAUAGAUGAAUACGAAGAAAUUAAAAAAGAUCUCAUCAUAAAAAUAUCAUGGGAUAAGAAGAUUAUAGAAUUACUAAAAUUUUUAUUCACCUUACAGCCUUUGA